AUGCAGCACCCAGCAGCGAGUACGGCGCCCUUCCCUCUGGCCUUUGGGGUGGGGACGCUGUGGUUCGAGGAGAGUCGCCAGGACAUUAGCCGCAAAAUCGUCGAUGGGAUAAAGACGGCGUUGGAAGUAGGGUACCGACACAUAGACUCAGCUCAAAUGUACAACAAUGAACGAGAGCUGGGGGUCGCGCUUGGAGAGUCGGGAGUGCCAAGAUCUAAGCUGUUCAUCACCAACAAGACUUUAAAUCUCGACGAUCCAGAGUCAGCUCUUGAAGAUACCCUCGCUAAUCUCAAGACGCCGUAUCUUAUACAUGCCCCAUUCCCAGCCACAUCUCCAUCUCAUCUUCAGGAAGCAUGGCGCAAGAUGGAGGUUUGCGUCGACAAAGGCCUCGCCAGAAACAUCGGAGUCUCGAGUUUCAGCGAGCAGCACAUCGACACCAUUCUCGAGACAGCGAGGAUACAGCCGGCUAUUGACCAGGUCGAGAUGCACCCUUAUCUACCACAGUCCCAUCUCAAGGCAUACCUCAGAGAAAAAGGGAUCUCAAUGGAAGCUUUUGGGUGUCUCGUUCCUCUCACGAAUCCCCAGCCUGGCCCAGUCAACGGCAUCGUCAAGUCGUUGUCGGACAAGUACCGUGUGAGCGAGCCGGCCAUCCUUCUCAAGUGGGUGAUUCAACAGGGGAUUCGGGUGGUGACUACGAGUGGCCGAAAAGAACGGUUACAGAGUUAUAUGAAUGAGCUUGCUGCUUUUGACCUUGAUGAGAAGGAAAUAGAGGGUAUUACGGACACGUCCAAGGGCACACAUGUCAGAAUGUUUUUUGCAGAAGAGUUUAAAGCUAUAGAGUUAGUUUCAUCUAGUUAG